UCUUCUUUUGAAGUGAACGUCAAAACUUACUAACCUCAAAUCAAAUGUCAAAAUGACAGUUUAUUAAAAAACUACUAGAAAACUAUUACAAAGUUCUAUAAUUAUUAUAAAUUAAUGAAACAUGGUUUGAAGAUUUUCGAAGCUAACGCAAAAUGGAUGACAGCAAGGGCACCCCCGAGAGUGAUUUCAGUAUUGAAUGUUUUCAAAACUACACAGCCCCCGAGGUCUUUAUCCAAGGCCUAGCUGGGAUAGUUGAUCAACAGGAUGUCGAAUCGAUGAUAAGAGCGCAAAAACAGAUGUUACAAAGAUUCGAAAAAACUAAUGAGAUGCUCACUAAUUGCAAUGCGUUAAGUGCGAACCGGUUAAAAACGAUUGCACCCGAGUUCAAAAAACACACACAGCUGUUGUUAGAGAUGAAAAAAGACUUGGACUAUAUUUUUAAGAAAAUUCGUGCUAUUAAAACUAAACUCUCAACGCAGUAUCCCGAGGCGUUUGCCGAGGCUGUGAGGAGCAGUCUUGCUGAGGAGUGUGAAGAAGACGAGGAUUUGAACGAGAGCAGUGCUCAGAACAAGAAGGACAAUAGACGGAGUCUUCAUUUGAAAAGGACUGAAAAUGUUGAAGUCGAAAGGAGGGCUUCUCAAUAAAAUUUAGCUUAUUACAAACUAAUUUAUUUAAUUAAGAAGCAUAUUUUUGUGUAAAUAAUUGUGCUUUUUUCACAAAUUCUGAAUUCAUGUUUCUGUACUCUUCUGCGAUUUCGGCCAUUAAAGGAUCUUCUGGA